CUCCUCUCAGCCUCUGUUUGCUCCUUCCUCCACAAACUAACAAAUUUAUAACACAAAAGCUAUGCCUAAAUUCCAGCAGCCAAGACCUCAUAUUUCCUAAACCUGGAAGCUCACAUCUAUAACUAGAUAAAAACCCUAGCAACUCAAUCCCAUCCACCCAUAUCCACAACAAGUCGUUUCAAACAAACAACACACAAAGCUUUUCUCUGCAUCAUUACCCCUCAUUUUUUCCCUCUAAACACAUCAAAUCCUUCCAUGCACAUUAAAGCAACAACACCUCAAUCCAUGAAAACUGAAGUAAGACCAAACACUACGUCCAUUCCUCUGCACAACCCCCGUCUCUUCAACGCCACUCCAAAUUCUAUUCCAGGAGCACUUAGAGGGUGUCUUGGUAGCCUGGAUGGAGCAUGUAUAGAGAAGCUUCUGCUUCACUGUGCUAGUGCCUUAGAAAGUAACGACGUCACUUUGGCACAGCAAGUGAUGUGGGUGCUCAAUAAUGUCGCUUCUUCAGUCGGUGAUCCAAACCAAAGGCUCACCUCAUGUUUUUUAAGGGCACUCAUCUCUAGGGCAUCCAGUGUUUGCCCUACCACGAUGAGUUUCAAUAGUAGCAGUACAAUUCACAGAAGGCUUAUGAGCGUCACUGAGCUAGCCGGGUAUGUUGAUCUAAUCCCUUGGCACCGUUUUGGCUUCUGUGCAUCAAAUAGUGCCAUUUUCAAGGCAAUUCAAGGGUGUCCAAGAGUUCACAUAUUAGACUUUAGCAUUACUCACUGUAUGCAGUGGCCUACUCUCAUAGAUGCCUUGGCUAAAAGGCCCGAAGGCCCUCCUUCACUCAGAAUCACGGUGCCUUCUUGUAGGCCACUAGUCCCUCCCUUGCUUAAUGUAUCAACUGAAGAAGUUGGCCUCCGUUUGGGGAAUUUCGCCAAGUUUAGGGAUGUCCCCUUCGAAUUUAACAUAAUCGAUGUCGACACAUCUUCUUGUAAGGACUCCUCUAGCUUUUAUUUUGAAUCAGUAUUAAGCCAUUUGACUCCUUCUAUAUUGAACCUUAGGGAUGAUGAAGUUUUGGUGGUAAACUGCCAAAAUUGGCUACGAUAUUUGUCCGAUGAAACAAUGGGAAGUGCUCAUCAAGAUGCUUCUUUGCGAGACACUUUCCUAGAUAUAAUUAAAGGGCUUAACCCUUGUAUCAUAAUUGUGGUUGAUGAGGAUUCUGAUUUAAGUGCACCUAGUCUAACUUCAAGGAUCACUACCUGCUUCAAUUACCUAUGGAUUCCCUUUGAUGCCUUAGAAACUUUUUUGCCUAAGGAUAGUUACCAAAGGCUAGAGUAUGAAUCAGAUAUUGGACACAAGAUUGAAAACAUUAUAAGUUUUGAAGGGUUUCAAAGGAUAGAGAGGUUAGAAUCUGGGGCAAAAAUGUGUCAGAGGGUGAAGAAUGUAGGGUUUUUCAGUAUUCCAUUUAGUGAAGAGACUGUUAGGGACGUUAAGUUCUUGCUAGAUGAACAUGCUAGUGGUUGGGGGAUGAAGAGAGAAGAGGGUAUGUUGGUGCUCACAUGGAAGGGUCACAACUCAGUGUUUGCCACAGCUUGGGUCCCAAGUGGGUUGGAGGAUUAAAUGGGUGUGGACUUAAGUGGGUUGAGGAGACCCUACCAUGCAUGAGAGAUUGGCUUGUUUCUCUUAAGUGGUCCAUGACGAUGAAGGCAGUGACAAAAUGGGGUUUGCUUUUUUUUCUCUUUGUCAACAGGCUGCAAAAUGGGCAUGAGACAGAAAGAAAAGCGGCAGAUUUUUUGGGUACAACUUCAUCAUGCCACCUUUGUAUCCAAGCGAGCUAUCUUUCGCUAUGUUCACAUGAAAGGCAAAGAGAAAAUGCACAUGUUGUCUUCCUAUACCAGACAAAAACCUCCAUCACUUUGUUUCCCAUCUCUACUUGCUUUUCUUUCAAGACCUUCCAAAGUAGCCAACUAGAUAGCUUGCGCUUUCCUAACCAGUUCUCAGUAGUUUCUAAUCAUGCACUAGAUAUUUUCAAUAUCUUUUUUUCUGAGCAGUAUUUCUAUUCAAAUUAGCUUUUGCUCACUUUGUAACAUCAGAUCUAGAAGUGGAAUG